AUGAGAGUUGUAAUAUCUGAUCCAAUUAAAGCUUAUGUUUAUAAUAAUAAAAAAAUUGAAUCUAAUGAAUUAAUAAUAGUCAAUGUAAAAAAUGAAGAUGAAAUUAUCAAUGAUUUUAUUGAUAAUGAAAUAUUUCAUUGUAUUUCAUAUUAUAUAGUAGUUAAAGAUGACAUAAGAUUAUAUUUUUCGAUAGACAAAAGUUUUAUUAUUAUAAAUGAAAAAGAUAUAUUCAAAAUUAAAUAUGGGGUUCAAACUCAUAAAUGUGAUGUAUAUAAUUGCAAAGAAGAACAUAGUGAUGAAGAUUAUAAAUAUAGUGCUUAUCAUGAAAUCAACAGAAGAACAUGUAAAUGUAGAAAUGAUUACUAUUUCUAUUUUAUAAAUGGGGAAUAUGAGUUUUAUUUUAGAACUAUAUCUAAAUUUCAAAAAUAUGGGUCCUUUGACAAACCUAUUAGAUUCAAAUUCACUUAUGAUAUUAAGAAAAUGUUGGGUAUCGAGUAG